UUUACAAAUUUGUUUAUUCCAGAAUCAAUAAAUGCCAAAAUGAACAAAAACACGUCGACUCUGGAGGACUUUUAAACCGCAUAAGCACUAUCUCGAAGGUUCCAUAUACCCAUUCGGAUAACGUAGUGCCAUAUUGGCCUAUGAGUAGCCCCAAGAGUGGCGUCCGGGCUAGUCUAGCCUAAAUAUUGAGCAUGAAAAAAAUUGAAUCUCUAUGAAUGUCCUAAAAUGUAUCAGGGCGUAUUGAUAGCGCCUCAUAUUUGGAAUAGGAAAAUUUACUUACCUUAGCUGGAAAAUGGGAGCCAGUACUUCCAGUAUUAACUAUCCUAACGUCGCAUCAUCAGGAGCUGCACUUAAUAGUACCGGAAACUCUAAUGGAAACAUAUCGGUGCUGCUGCCCAUGAGCAUGGCAGGUAUGGUCACAGCAGGAGCGGUUGGUAUGACGACUGGCAGUGGUACUGGUAUCAGUGGCGCACAGUACCAUCGAGAUCAAAGACGAAAGCGUGUAACUGGUUUUGCGACGCUUAAGAGAAAGUUUAUACGUAGACGACGUUCGUCAAAAGCAUAUGAUCACGCUCGCGUUCUACGAGAUUUUGUGUCAGACUGGGCACCUAUGGAGCUGGCAGCUCUUUGCGAGGAGUUCGAAGCCUUGUCGGCUUUAAGAGACUUAUCGGUGCAAGCUGAAUUGGCGCGACCUCCGGCAGCAACAUACAAACAAGACCUUGCUGCUCUUUACGAUCUAAAUUUUUGCACUGAUUGUGAUCUUGUUUUUCGCGGGACUAUUUUCCCGGUGCACAGAUCAAUAUUAUCAGCUCGUUGCUCCUAUUUCCGUGACUUACUCGCAGGUUGUCCUGGUUUCGGAGCGCGUAUAUGUCUUGAACUGCCCACUUCGCCUAUUGACGUGCCGCUUUUCUCUUCCCUAUUGCGUUAUUUAUAUACUGGCGAUAUGUGUCCGCAUGAUCCGGACAUCGAAAUCACAGUGUUGCGUCAGCUGGGAGACGACUUUGGCUCACCAAAUCCUCUGGAUCAUGAUCUUCGCUAUUUGUUGGAGACUGGCGACUACGCAGAUGCGGCACUUGUUUUCACAGCAGAUGGUAACAACGACAAUCUGCGACAAGACUCGGGUACCUCGGAGUACGGGUUUCGACCAAAGAUCGAACUUCCAUGCCAUAAAGCUAUUUUGAGUGCGCGCUCACCCUUUUUUCGUAAUUUAAUUGCGCGUCGAACGCGCAACAUUGAUGAGUACGUUGAACGUUCCUUACACGUGCCCACGCGAAUUGUAUUAGACGAAAGCGUUAUACCGAAGAGAUAUGCGCGUGUACUGUUGCAAGCGAUUUACCUGGACGUUGUUGAUUUGACACUGAUCUUACGCGGUGUUGGAUCGGGUACGUCGGCAGGAUCACUGGCGCAAGGCUGUGAGGAUUUAAUACUCGAGUGGCUGUCCCUUGAUACUUUACCAACAAUUUUAAAGUGGGGUUGCCAACCCCAUGGCUCCGCGUGGGUGUUUAGACAAGCAUGUCAGUACCUUCGAGAAGAAUUUACCGUUAUUAGCACCUCAACUGUCCUGCACCAAUUAGAUAAAAAGCAACUGUUACAUGUUCUGCAGAGUAAUUUUUUACAAGCUUCUGAGCUAGAGAUUCUGCAGGCUGUUCUUAAAUGGGGAGAACAGGAGCUCAUUCGUCGUAUGGAAGAUCGUGAACCAAACUUGUUGUCACACACAGCUCACUCAGUUUCUUGGACGUUGGACGUUGACAUGCAAUGA